AUGGAUGUGGACCGGGAAGCGAGAGCAGUGUUUGACAGUCUAGUUCGCAUUGAAGUGGGGAGGGGAGACAAGGUGUUGUUCUGGAGGGAUAGAUGGAUACACGGUUUUACCGUCAAGGACAUUGCGCCGCUCAUACAUGCUCAAGUGGACACGCGCACCGUUAACAAAAGGACAGUGCAGGAGGGGUUCGACAAUGGCAGGUGGCUCUUGGACUUACAUGGGGAGCUGAACUUUGGGAGUCAUCUGCAACUCUUGCACCUCAAUUUGGUCGUCAACACGGUGAUUCUGGACCCUUCUAGCGAUGAUUUGUUUUCUUGGCCGGCGGACUCGUCUGGUCGCUACACUGCUCAAUCCACAUAUCACAGAUUAUGCCUUGGAACGGAGAGGGUGCCAUUUGCCUCUUGCAUUUGGAAAAGUUGGGCGCUUCUCAAGUGCAAACUCUUUGCCUGGCUGGCGGUGCAACAUCGGAUUUGGACGACGGAUAGGAGAGCGAGGCAUGGCCUGCAGGAGGUGCCUUCGGCUUGCUAUACGUGUCUCCAAGAGGAGGACAAUGCAGAACACAUCUUGGUGCAGUGCGUGUAUGCCAGAGAAGUGUGGCAUUAUACCUGGAACACGCUAGGAUUGCAGGGCCGCAUUCCGGAGGCUCAUGCUAGUUUGUUGGACUGGUGGCUUGAGGGUAGGAGCUCCUUUAGGAGAAGUUGGAAACGUGGCUUUGACACUCUUGUUAUCGCCACAAUCUGGGUGCUCUGGAAGCAACGUAACGCGAGAGUUUUCAAUAGGACCUGCCAACAACUACAGGCGCAUGGGCUGUCCAUUGCCAUUUUGGACGAGCUCAAGGAGUGGAAGGCGGCGGGUCUAGGUGGAAGAGGGUUCCUUAUGUUUUGUGAGAAUAUAGGCAUAGGCUAA